AUCCCAAUAAUAAUGCGGUGGAGUGUCGUUCUGCUUGGGGCUGCUGCAAUGGUGCUGCUUGUUGUGCUGCCCCACGCUCGCGCCAACAUUGAUCUCCUGGAUCGCGAGGAUCUCUGCGAUGUCUGCGAAAUUGUUGUGGACGAGCUCGAAGAAGACCUGGCACGUUCAGCGCGAUCGAAAAGCGUGCUGUCAACGGGAUACACGAUGGAUCUGAAGGGUGACAUGAAGGCCAAGAAACGAAUUGCCUACAAGAACUCGGAAGUGCGUCUUAUCGAAGCAUUGGAGCGAGUUUGCGGAACUCCACUCGACAAGUAUCGCACCAAUUACUGGAACAAGGAUUUGCCAAAGUUCAUCCGUCGCGUUGGAACCAUCAACAAGGAAGAGGAAGCCGAUAUGUUUCAAGUCGAACAUGCUCAGGGGGACUCGCCCACAGAGCUUCUCAUGAAUGUGCGUGAGCAGCUUCUCAAUCAGUUUGGCCACAUGACGGACGAUCACAACGAACUGAAAGUUGCUUGCGGCCAGCUGGUUGAGCGCUUCGAGACGGAAAUUCAAGAAUGGUUUGCCAACUAUCAAGACGAGCGCAAGCUGAAGGAGUAUCUUUGCGUGCUGCACUUUCGUAACGAGGAAAACAUUCCUUGCUACUACUCUGAUGUGGAAAUUUCAAAGGAAUUCCUUCGCAUCGACACUGCGCUCGCCGAUCACGAAGACGAAGAGGAAAAUCAGAAUGAGAAUGACGAAUUCUCUGGAAAUGACGACGAACAGCAUGCUUCCUCGCGCCCCGCAUCGCGUCUUGAUCGGUUCUCCGCUGGUCCUGUUGGCGACGACGAUGACGAAGAAGAAGAUGACAACCACCCAGUCUCUGGAAGUGCUCAGACGCACCCACAGCAAUCUCCUCCCGAGCCCUCUUUGGCCGAGAUCCGCGAGCGUCAGCAGGCAUCCGACAAGUACACGGCCACAAUCCGAUCGCUGCGUGCGGCUUUCGACUCGAUGUCCUCUAUCAAGGACGACUCCCCCGCAUUGAACAGCAUUUUGCAAGAAUACCAAGGAUUAAACCACGUAUUGGUAGACCACUUGGUUCUGCCGAACGAGCUCGCAACACAACCCAAUGCAGUGUCCUCCAUUAAGGACUACACGGCCAAACUGAGUGCCUUGAUCCAGCAAUUGGCAACUUGCUAAUCUAGCAACCAAGCUGAAAUACUUUUGCUGGCUUGCACUAGAGCCACACACCACCAACCAAUACACAUACUUUUUUUUUGAUUACAUGAGUUUCCUGGUCAAUUUGCAAAGUUGCACUGCUACUGGAAGAAAGUUUUGACAUUAAAAGAUGCUGUACUGU